ACGAGGUGCAUUUGGGAAGAAAGGAAUCUAAACCUGGGACGCGAAGAUAACGAAGCACCAAUAAAGAGGUGUACGUCCGGAACCCCGUGCGUCCCCGUAUCGUGCGCGGAUUAUUACGCGGUAUUUGAUUUUUCUUUCACUGCGGAGCUUCUUUGGCGUGGAGCUGCGCGAUCUUUGGGGGAAAGGAAUAUAAACGCACACCGGGGAUAUUAUGACUUUUACGUGCCUUUUUUCUUUUAACAAUUGACUGCUAUGCCAGCGAAGAAAGUGGAAUAUUGCUUUUUGCGCAUGUUGGGAUGAAGGAACUGUUUUUUUUUCUGUCGGAAUACACAGCGUUAACAUCGAGGACGGGGUUUAAAAAGUGAACCCCGUAAAACAAACAGGGGGGUUCUUUCAAAGACUUUUACGCAUCAAGUGGAGUACCGCGCCAUCCUGUGUGAAGCCCCGCCCUCCCUGUUUGGUUGGGGCCAGGUCGAUCCUUAGCCCCUCCCUCUCUCCCUGCCCCCCUCCCCCCUCUGGAGUCAGGAUGGCCAACGCCGGAGCCCCUCGCCUCUCCCUGCCAGUCCUGCUGCCUGUCAUCACACUGCUGCUCUCACUGCUGCUCACCAGCUCCCAGGCCUUAUCACCACCUCGCUUCACUAAAGUUCCUGUCGACCAGAUUGGCGUCUCGGGGGGCGUGGUCUCCUUCGUGUGCCAAGCGACGGGCGACCCCAAGCCCAGGGUGAGCUGGAACAAGAAGGGUAAAAAAGUCAACUCCCAACGCAUUGAGACCAUAGAGUUCGACGAGGGAGCCGGUGCCGUGCUAAGAAUCCAGCCUCUGCGGGCACCGCGUGACGAGAACAUCUACGAAUGUGUGGCUGAGAACAGCGAGGGCGAAAUCACCGUCAACGCCAAGCUGUCAAUCAUCCGAGAGGAUCUGGUGCCUCAGGGUUUCCCCAACAUCGACAUGGGCCCCCAACUCAAAGUGGUGGAGCGGACCCGAACUGCCACUAUGCUGUGUGCGGCCAGUGGCAAUCCUGACCCCGAGAUCACAUGGUAUAAGGACUUCCUGCCCAUUGACCCUAGUGCCAGUAAUGGGCGAAUCAAACAGCUACGUUCAGGUGCCUUGCAGAUUGAGAACAGCGAGGAGACGGACCAGGGGAAGUACGAGUGCGUGGCGUCUAAUGUGGAAGGCGUGCGUUACUCGUCCCCUGCUAACCUUUACGUGCGAGUCCGCCGGGUGCCGCCUCGUUUCUCCAUCCCACCGACCAGUCAGGAGAUUAUGCCCGGUGGCAGUGUGAACAUUACAUGCGUGGCAGUGGGGUCACCCAUGCCUUACGUCAAAUGGAUGCUUAACUCUGAGGACCUGACUCCGGAGGAUGAGAUGCCUGUGGGCAGGAAUGUUCUGGAACUGAGCAGUGUCCGUGAGUCAGCCAACUACACCUGUGUGGCCAUGAGCAGCCUGGGCAUCAUCGAAGCUGUGGCACAGAUCACUGUCAAAUCUCUACCCAAGCCUCCAGGUACCCCCGUAGUCACUGAAACCACUGCCACCAGCGUUACGAUCACCUGGGACUCUGGCAACCCAGAUCCUGUCACCUACUACAUAAUCCAGUAUCGCGCCAAGUCCCCAGACAGCAAAUACGAGACUGUGGAUGACAUCACCACCACACGCUACAGCAUUGGCGGCCUCUACCCCAACACCGAGUAUGAGAUCCGGGUCUCAGCCGUCAACACAAUCGGCCAAGGUCCUCCCAGCGAGCCUGUUGAAACAAGAACUGGAGAACAAGCACCUGCCAGCCCGCCACGAAACAUCCAGGCGCAGAUCAUAUCCCAGAACACUAUGAUGGUGCGCUGGGAAGAACCGGAAGAGCCUAAUGGGCAAAUCAAGGGCUAUCGAGUAUAUUACACCAUGGAUGAUUCUCAGUCAAUUCACCUGUGGCAGAUCCACAAUGUGCAGGACAGCAUCAUCACCACUAUACAGAGCCUCGUGCCCCAAGAGACAUACACCAUCAAAGUGCUGGCGUUUACCUCUGUCGGCGAUGGUCCCUUCUCGGAACCCAUACACGUCAAAGUGCUGCAAGGAGUUCCUGGUCAGCCGUCCAAAUUCCAGGUUGGUGCUGUGUCUGACACCAGCAUUGAACUCACCUGGGAGCCGGCCUAUGAGAAAGAAGGCAUCAUCAGCUAUAAACUUCACUAUAGAGAAGGCUCUGGAUCUCAGAUGGUGAAAACAUUUGGACCCACGUCUUCGUACGUCGUAGAAGGUCUGCGGCCCAACACAGAGUACCACUUCUCCUUGGCAGCUAUCUCUAACAAAGGGAUUGGAGCUUUUACCAAUGACAUUACUCAGAGGACCUUGCAAGCCAAGCCCUCAGCCCCCCCUCAAGACAUUAAAUGCAACAGCGCCAGCUCCACCACCCUUCUGGUAAGUUGGCGCCCCCCACCCGUGAAGAGUCAGAACGGUGAGCUGGCGGGGUAUAAGGUGCGCUACCAGGUGGUGGGCGGGGCCGAAGGUGGGGCUGGUGAUGACGGAGACGUGAUGGAGGAGGCCAGCGUGUCUGCGGCCGAGGAGCAGGUCCUGUUGCAGCGUCUGGAGAAGUGGACCCAGUACAGCGUCAGUGUGUCGGCGCUCACUGCGGUGGGGGCGGGGCCAGAGAGCGAGCCCAUGGUCUGCCGCACUGAUGAAGAUGUUCCAGGGGCUCCUCCAAGGCGAGUAGAAGUGGAAGUUCUGAACUCCACUGCGUUAAAAGUCAUGUGGCGUUCACUGAUACCUGGGAAACAGCACGGUCAGAUCCGAGGCUACCAGGUCCACUAUGUGCGUGUGGAAAAUGGGGAGUCUCGGGGUCUUCCACUCAUCAAGGACGUGAUGCUUGCAGAUGCCCAGUGGGAAACGGACGAUACAGCCGAAUAUGAAAUGGUGAUUGGAGGACUCAAACCCGACACCACUUACUCCAUCACUGUGGCAGCCUACACCACCAAAGGGGACGGGGCACGCAGCAAACCCAAACUGGUGGUGACCAAAGGGGCUGUGCCAGGGCCGCCUUAUCUGUCAGUGGCUCAGAACUCAGAGACUUCAGCCGUGGUUCGCUGGGACCCUCCAGACAUGACCAAUGGAAUGGACUUACAAGGUUACAGACUCCAGUUUGGACGGAAAGAUGUCGCCCCUCUGGCCACACUAGAAUUUUCAGCUCAAGAGCGAGAGUACACUGUUGGCAAUAUUCACAGAGGAGCGGCCUACAUGUUUAAAAUCUCAGCCAAGAGCAGGGGGGGCUUCGGAGACGAGGCUGUAGUGGAACUUAAUGUCCCAGAGAAUUCACCUGGAGGGUACCCUCAGAUAAAUGAGGGCUCCAACGUGACGUGCUGCUCGGUUCAAGUGUCCUGGUCCCCUCCAGUGCUGGCUGAGAGGAACGGGGUCAUCACUGAGUACACCUUGGCCUAUAAAGAGGCAGGGACUGGAGAGGCACCUCGAGAACUUCACCUCCCUCCCAACUUGUCCAGCUAUGUACUCAACAGUCUCAAACCCAACUCAGCAUAUGAUGUGAAAAUACGUGCUCACACCAGUGUAGGUCCAGGGCCCUACAGCCCCCCUAUGCAGUAUCGGACGGUGGCCUUUGACCCAACAGAUGUCCCAAAGAAUUUCACAGUCAAGUGGGCAACGAAGACGACAGUAGUGCUUUCAUGGAAGUUUUCUAACAGCAGAUCCCCAUAUAAGUGCACCAUUGAGUACAACCGGCAAAAAAUGGACGUGGAUGCCAGACAGAUGAGGGUCCUGGUGACUGGUCUGAGGCCGAACAGCACCUAUGAGUUCAGGGUGACCUGCCAGGAGAGCGUGGAUGGGGGUCCAAGGCACCGCGUGGUCGCCCGCACGGCACCUAUGCUCCUGAAGAAGCCCAAGCUGGACAUCUAUGCAGAGGCAGACAACAUGCUGACUAUGUCCUUCCCACCUGUGGAGAGCAAGGACAUCAAAAUUUACUAUGUGGUUGUGGUGCCUCUAAAACGGACUUCAGGAACAGUCAAAAAUCUGAAGAAUCCAGAUGAGAUGGACAUAGAAGAGCUGCUGCGUGAGGUGACCCUGAAGCGGCGGACACGGCGUCAGUUGGCCCAACUGGACCAGAAUAAGCCGUACAUCACAGCGUGCUUCAGACAGCUGCCCUCCAGCUUCACUGUGGGCUCGGACCACCGCCACAGCAGCUGUGAGAACAAGCCCCUGGAGCCAGCGCAGGAGUAUGUCUUCUUCCUGUUGGCUGAGCUCAACGCCACGUCUGGGAAAAUGUUUGCCACCAGUCCAUACACUGACACAGUGAUGACUCCAGAGUCCCAUGUGGACCCUCUGCCUGUGGAGACCGGAGGAGAUGGGCUCAUCUGGGUGGUGGGCCCAGUCCUGGCUGUGGUCUUCAUCAUCUGCAUCGUCAUCGCUAUUCUCCUGUACAAAAACCGUAAAAGAAAGGAAUCUGAACCUCGCACAAAAUGUCUGCUGAACAACGCAGAUAUCACUCCGCACCAUCCCACAGAUCCAGUGGAAAUGAGACGAAUCAACUUCCAGACUCCAGACUCUGGUCUAAGCAGUCCACAGAGUGAUGCAGAUUUGAAUGGUGAAAGUAUGAUGAACCACCCUCCUAUCCCUAUCUCGGAGCUGGCUGAACACACGGAGCUGCUCAAAGCCAAUGACAACCUGAAACUCUCGCAGGAAUAUGAGUCUAUCGAUCCAGGCCAGCAGUUCACCUGGGAGCAUUCCAACCUGGAAGUGAACAAGCCGAAGAAUCGUUACGCAAACGUCAUCGCCUAUGACCAUUCACGCGUCAUCCUGGCUCCCAUUGAAGGGAUCACAGGCAGCGAUUACAUCAACGCCAACUACAUCGACGGCUACAGAAAGCAGAACGCCUACAUCGCCACCCAGGGUCCUCUGCCCGAGACUUUUGGUGACUUCUGGAGAAUGGUGUGGGAACAGAGGGCUGCCACUGUGGUUAUGAUGACCAGACUGGAGGAGAAGUCACGGAUUAAAUGUGACCAGUACUGGCCUAGCAGGGGCACGGAAACCUACGGAAUGACACAAGUGACAUUAUUGGAUACGAUAGAAUUGGCCACUUUCUGCGUUCGCACUUUCUCCUUGCACAAGAAUGGUUCAAGUGAAAAGCGCGAGGUGAGGCAGUUCCAGUUCACAGCAUGGCCUGACCAUGGCGUGCCCGAGUAUCCCACCCCGUUCCUGGCCUUCCUCCGUAGGGUGAAGACCUGCAACCCCCCUGACGCCGGUCCCAUCAUUGCGCACUGCAGUGCGGGCGUGGGCCGGACAGGCUGCUUCAUUGUCAUCGACGCCAUGUUGGAGCGAAUCAAGCACGAGAAGACAGUGGACAUUUAUGGUCAUGUGACACUAAUGCGCUCACAGAGGAACUACAUGGUGCAGACAGAGGACCAGUACAGCUUCAUUCACGACGCGCUGCUGGAGGCUGUGGCCUGUGGGAACACGGAGGUGGCCGCGCGGAGCCUUUACUCCUACAUCCAGAAGCUGGCCCAGGUGGAGAGCGGCGAGCACGUCACAGGCAUGGAGCUAGAGUUCAAGCGUUUGGCUAACUCCAAAGCCCACACGUCGCGCUUCAUCAGUGCCAACCUUCCCUGCAACAAGUUCAAGAAUCGGUUGGUCAAUAUCAUGCCCUACGAGACCACGCGCGUCUGUUUGCAGCCAAUCAGAGGCUUGGAAGGCUCGGAUUACAUCAACGCCAGUUUCAUAGAUGGAUACAGGCAACAAAGGGCUUAUAUUGCGACACAAGGCCCUCUAGCAGAGACUACAGAAGACUUCUGGAGAAUGCUCUGGGAGAACAACUCAACUAUCGUCGUCAUGUUGACCAAACUUAGAGAGAUGGGAAGGGAAAAGUGUCACCAGUACUGGCCGGCAGAGCGCUCAGCCAGAUACCAGUACUUUGUGGUAGAUCCCAUGGCUGAGUACAACAUGCCACAGUACAUCCUGAGGGAGUUCAAGGUCACAGACGCAAGGGAUGGUCAAUCAAGAACAGUUAGGCAGUUCCAGUUCACUGAUUGGCCAGAGCAAGGCGUCCCCAAAUCUGGAGAGGGAUUCAUCGAUUUCAUUGGUCAAGUGCAUAAAACCAAGGAACAGUUUGGACAAGAUGGACCAAUCUCUGUCCACUGCAGUGCUGGUGUGGGAAGAACCGGCGUUUUCAUCACCCUCAGCAUUGUGUUGGAGCGGAUGAGGUACGAAGGCGUGGUCGAUAUCUUCCAGACAGUGAAGAUGCUCCGGACGCAGAGACCAGCCAUGGUGCAAACUGAGGAUGAAUAUCAAUUCUGCUAUCACGCAGCUCUGGAGUAUUUAGGAAGCUUUGAUCACUAUGCAACGUAAAAAGCCAUCUCUUCCCCAACCAGAACCCUGUCACUCCCUACCCCACCCUCGACAGUAUCCUGAGCCAUAGAAACUUUACAAUCUGACAGAAGAAGACGACCAGGACACACCAAAAUGGAUACUAUUGUAGAUUUUCUUUCCAAAUAUCCAACCAAUCAGAUUUCAAUUGGACUGAACGGCCUCUCAUAAGGAAGUGAGGAAAUGACCCAUCCAAAAGAGAAGAGCGGCUCCGAGCUCGGCUGUGGGGCGGAGUAUUGAUCAAAGUGUCAGAGUGCUUUUACCUUACCUCAGCUCUCUCAGUGUGGACGACGUUGUAAACAUUCGUGGAUAUUUCUCUCUUUCAAAACUAUCUGACACACAAGCAACAGUUAAUGAAGGAGAAGGUAACAGCUAAAUCAAUCAGUGCAGAUGGAUGUAGCCGGUGACUUUCUCUUGCUCCUUUUGAUAUGCCUGGUUGUAAAAGGGCCUUUUCUAUAUUACACACAUUUUGUGGGUGAUAUUCAGAAGAACUAUCAAAAUCAUGGCUGCCUGAGUGGACACUGGUUGGCCAGGAGUGGAGACGACACACAUUGUAAGAGGAAGCAAAUCUCCUUUUAGGCAAAUACAUAGCGUCUUUAUUUGCUUGAAGCAUUAACACUUUUCCAUAAGCCCAGAUUAACACAGAAUUAUAAGAUGAUUAUAAAUUUAAGGUAGUAAGAUAUCAGAUAAACUGACAAAGGGACGGGGAGAGAUGGCACCAUCAUUUUUACAAUCACUCAUAUCUAUGGCACCAGUGCAUCAUGGGGCUUUGCUGUCUACUAUCUCCAAGGACAACACGUGUGGAUCUACAAGCUUUGGGACAAACCAACAGGGACGGCCACACAACCUGGCCCUCCUUGUGUACAGUGACCAACAUCAACAUUAAGAACCCUUUUGUCUUACAAGGAAGUAUCUUUUUUUAAAACCAUUUCUGUCAAACCAAACAUGCUGCUUAUAUUGUGUGUGCUGUAUGUGUGACAUGGGAAAAAUGAAACGGACAAAUGAACUAUUCCAACUUUGCUUAUGCUAAAGCACGCGUGACUGAAGAGCAUCCUUAUAACAUUCUGCACCUCUGAGUUCCCCCAGCCUUCUAGAUAUCCAUGUGUUUCAUCGUAAAGACACUUGAGAGUGGACGAGGCCUGAAGUGACUCCAAAACAACCCAGGCCUCUGAUCAUCUGUUUGUGAGUGUGUGUGGAUAAAACAAGUCGACAUUUGGCUUUGCAGUAUGUCCAUUUUUAAAAUAAUGUUUCCGCAAAGAACCAGACCUGGCAGCCAUGUCUCAGCUAAAUGAAUUGAUGUGAUAAUGAAAUCUUCGGUACUUGCACACACCCAUCUGAGAACAUUAUAAACUUGAACACCUGCAGGUUGCAUCGCUCACACUAUGGUAAAAUGUGUGGGAUUCUGCACCGCUCUGGUCUGACAGACAGGGGGCGUGCUUAUUCUAUAUGAAUGACGGGUGUGCACAAAAAUCCAAGCGAUGGACAGAACUGUGUUUAAUCUCUUCUUAUUUCCAAAAAAGCCUUAUUGUUGUUGUAACAUUAUGGAAACAUUAAUGUUGUAUUAUGACAACUUAUUUUACAUUUUCUAAUUUUUUCUUAUUUGUUUUUGUUUUGUUUUUAACAGAGAUGUAUCACGUUUUUUUUAAUAGCAGGAUAAAAGAAAUGCUUAUUUGUUCAUAUUAUGUUAAAAGACAUUCUAUUUUUUCACUGUAGAAAUGUUAAGUACAUGUCUGUGUGCAUGUGUGCAUAUAUAUACAUAGUACUUUAUGUAUAUGUACUGCACACGCACACAGGCAUAUAUAUUUAAAGCAAAAUAUAAAGAUAUAUCCAAACUUUUAGUAUAAAACGCAUCAAUGUUAUAAUAGCAGCCAGGUCAAAACAUGAUUUUUGUUGGUGUGUAAUUGGAAAGUGAUAUUAUACUUCAAAGGAGGUGCAUUUUUUACAUUUUCUUUAUUACUAUUAACUUUAGUUAGAAAUUAGUCAUUUUUUAUUUUGUAUUAUUAAUGUUGAGAAAACAUUUAUCAACCAAAAUCUCAUUACUGUCAGUCAUUUUUUUUUUCUUUUUUUUUUUAAAUCAUCUUGACUUGACACGCUGUACUGUGCUAUGGUGUACAGGUGUCUAAGGGCAUCAUCUUUCUCUGCAUUUCAGUUGUUUUCUGUCCUGAUUUUGGUUAUAGAUCCACAAUUAUCUAGAAAUAUGCCUGUAAAUAAACAAAUAUAGAUUAUAUGUAUUUGUAUCAUUCGACCCUGAGAUCUCAUACUUUAAGUGGGCACACAAAUGUUGAUUCGGACUUACUCUUUUCUACUCUCGAACAGAACACACUCCUCUCAAGCCUGCUCCCAAAUAUUUUAAUUAACAACAUUUUUUUCCCAUUUCUCUUGCAAGCAUUUGAACAUGGCAUUUUGUAUUUGAAUCUUCAAUCUCACUAUAUUGGUAGAAAUUUGUUUUUUUAAUCAAUUGAAUCAACAGAACAUUAUGCCAGUUAAUAAAAUAUCAGUUAGGGGCCAAAUUGUGAAAAACUGGGUCACUUUUGCAGUUGCUACGACCCCCAAAAGUAGGAACAGGUGUAAACAAGGCAGUAGUACUAGUUAAAUAAUGAUUUUGGUGUAAGAACUGCUUACAUUACAUAACCAAGGUCAUAAUAAAACACCAUAACACAGACCCCAACGGUCCAAAUGCCUUAGAUGCCAAUGUGUGAAUUUUGAAUGAACAAACACUGAAAUGAAAUGCACAUUUUUGUUAUUAUUUUUGCCUACUGUACUUAUCAACAUUGUAUGAAAUCAUAUUGUCCGAUUUUGUUCAGCCAUGUUUGUUUAUGGGAUGCAGUUAAAAUCAGGACUCAAUAGACAAAAGGAGACAUGAAGAGACUGAAAACCAAAACGUGCUGAGAAUUAACAUUUCUGAGCAUGUCUCUCUAACCAAUGGGAUGUUUGCUAAAAAUGAACUCCUCAAAACCUGAACUUUUCAACCCCUAAAAAAGGCUGGUCCCCAUGCCAAACGGUGGAAGUCUUUUUGGAAGCUUGUGCAAUGUGUUACUAUUUUUAUGUAGAGGUUCUAGGCUAUACAAAACACAAACCUACACGAUUGGUGAAAUAUGUAGGUACAAAAAGAUACUAAAUAUUGAGCAUAGGCUAGUAAAAAGAACCCAAAUUUGGUGGUUUUCCUUUAUAUGAGGCAAGCACUAUCACCAUCAAACUGUUACUAUGGACUGAAAUAAGAAUUGGUUAAAAGCCACUGUGUAUGUAGAUAUGUUGACUUUGUAUUAAAGAAAUGUUGUCUGAAAA